AUGGAGGCUCAGUGUGCCACUGUGUUCAACUGUCGACAAUUUGUUUUUAUCGAUUUUAUUCACACCUACGUCGUCAGAGCAGUGCGACCACGACAAUAUAUAGUGGCGGAUGAAAACCAUCUGGGUCGUCGCUUGACUGGCAAACGGCGCCGUACGGCCGAACGUGGCCCCCGACUCUCCGUGCUGAGUAUCCAGGGCUCCGUAGUUAAAUGUCAAGUGGAAAUGAUGAAGCAAGAAACGGUGACGUUCAAAUUCGAUCAAGCUGUUACGGUUCUGGUCGGUCCGGCUGACGUGGCCAACCACCUCAUUAAACGUCGAUUGCUUAGUGAACAACAUGCGGAAAUUUUCAUCGAGCAGGUGGAGGAUAUUUUACGACAAUUGAGAGAGAAUCCGGAUGUCCUUUCUGUGGUAUCUAUACCUCCAGCCAAGCCGGCUGAUGAUUCAUUGUCACCUAACCGAUCAGACACGACGGCUGCUACAUCUACUUUCAGCGUUGUAUCAGUCGAAAGUGUCGAAUGCACGUCGAAAUGCCCGCGAUGGAUGAAAUCCCCCACCCCCAGGAUAUAGACACCCGAUAUUCCUCAAUUGGUUCCUGUCGCAGUCUUGGCUGCCAUUCCAGUUGCCGUUCCAGUUUCCGUUCCUGUCGUGGCUUAAUUCCAGUUGGAUAAGAUCUGCCAGUCUAGACGGAAGCGAUGCAUGUCACACGGGACCGAGCGACUCAGCCGUCUCGGCUGUCUCAGCAGCGCUUACUACUAUUCAAUUCCAACGAACAACAAUCGU